CAGUGGGGCACACGUCACCUGACCCCACACAGACGAGGGGUCGGGUCAGAGCCAGCGCCCACACCGCCAGAUCCCUGCCCUCUCACCUGUGUGUGGUCUCACCACCUUCAUGUAUGACCGCUGCGCCAGCACAAGGUAUGUGAUCUGUGGCUGGGGGUCAGCGGGGCACACGUCACCUGACCCCACACAGACGAGGGGUCGGGUCAGAGCCAGCACCCACACCGCCAGAUCCCUGCCCUCUCACCUGUGUGUGGUCUCACCACCUUCAUGUAUGACCGCUGCGCCAGCACAAGGUAUGUGAUCUGUGGCUGGGGGUCAGCGGGGCACACGUCACCUGACCCCACACAGACGAGGGGUCGGGUCAGAGCCAGCGCCCACACCGCCAGAUCCCUGCCCUCUCACCUGUGUGUGGUAUCACCACCUUCAUGUAUGACUGCUGCGCCAGCACAAGACUGGCCAGGCACCUGUCCCUUUAAGAUGAGAGUCCUCGGCCGUCACCUGCUGACCUGUGUUUUACUGUGUUGGGGUGUCAGAGGGAACAGCACGGUCACCCCACGUCUGAAGCUGUCCUACCACGAUCUGUCUCACCACGGCCUGCGCAUGUACACACUCAAUCGCUCUUGCUGUUUCGAUGCUCUGUUACUGGAUGAGGAGCGCAGCCGCCUGUUCGUGGGCGGGAAGAAUUACCUGCUGUCACUGAGUCUGGAUGACAUCACACACAACGCGCUCGUGAUUCCGUGGCACGCUCCUGUGGAUUGGAGGGAAGAGUGCAACUGGGCAGGAAAGGACAUUAAUCUGGAAUGCAUGAACUAUGUGAAGGUCCUGCAGCUGUAUAACCGCACUCACCUGUUCACCUGCGGGACGGGAGCGUUCCACCCGGCCUGUGGCUUCCUGCACGUGGGACAGCGUUCCGAUGACCCCGUGUUUAAGCUGGACACCGCGAGACUGGAGGACGGAAAAGGGCGCUGCCCAUAUGACCCCAGCCACGCGGCCGCCACCAUCCUUGUUGGAGAUGAACUCUACUCUGGGGUUGCCACUGAUCUUAUGGGGCGAGACUUCACCAUAUUCAGAAGCCUGGGCCAGAGACCCCCCCUGCGCACUGAGCAGCACGACUCCCGCUGGCUGAACGAACCAAAGUUUGUUAAAGUUUUCUGGAUUCCGGAGAGCGAGAACCCAGACGAUGAUAAAAUCUACUUCUUCUUCCGUGAGUGGCCGGUGGAGGGCCUGGGAGGGGUGAAACAGUCCUACGCCCGCAUCGGGCAGAUCUGCCGGAACGACCUGGGUGGCCAGCGCACAUUAGUGAACAAAUGGACCACGUUCCUGAAGGCGCGCCUCGUGUGCAGUGUGCCCGGGAAAGACGCAGGGGGCGACACUUACUUUGACGAGCUCAAAGACGUCUUCCUGCUGCAAACCCGGGACAGGAGGAAUCCGCUGAUAUACGCUCUGUUCUCCACCUCCAGCUCUGUUUUCCGUGGUUCUGCGAUUUGUGUCUACACCAUGAAUGACGUCCGCAGAGCUUUCUUGGGACCCUUUGCCCACAAGGAAGGCCCGAACUACCAGUGGGUGUCGUAUCAAGGCAGAGUGCCGUACCCUCGCCCGGGGAUGUGCCCCAGUAAAACCUUCGGGAGUUUUGAGUCCACGAAGAACUUUCCAGACGAUGUGCUGCAGUUCGCACGGAAUCACCCACUCAUGUUUAACCCUGUAACUCCUGGCAGUGGGAGGCCGAUCUUCCUGCACAGUCAUGCAGACUUCACCUCCACCCGGCUGGCUGUGGACAGGGUGACUGCUGCGGACGGAGAAUACGACGUCAUGUUCAUUGGCACAGAUGUGGGCACCGUUCUGAAAGUGAUCUCUGUGCCCAAACAGAGCUGGAAUGAGCGGGAAGAGCUGGUGCUGGAGGAGCUUCAGGUCUUCAAGAAUGCGGCUCCUGUCACCAGCAUGCAGCUCUCGUCUAAGCGGCAACAACUGUAUAUCGGGUCUGUGAGCGGGGUCUCCCAGGUGCCCCUGCAUCGCUGUGGGAUCUAUGGAAAGGCUUGUGCCGAGUGCUGCUUGGCCAGAGAUCCAUACUGUGCCUGGGAUGGGGCCAGCUGUACCCGCUACCUGCCCAACACCAAGCGGAGGUCUCGUCGUCAGGACGUCCGGAACGGUGACCCCAAUACACUGUGUUCUGGAGAGCAGCAGAGGCUCAGCAUACAGAAGAAGCGCCUGUACGGGGUGGAGGGGAGCACAGUCUUCCUCGAGUGUCUCCCCAAAUCCCUACGAGCUCAAGUCACAUGGAUCCAUCAAAAGGCACCUGAAACCCCCAGGAAACAGGUGCAGUUUGAUGAACGAGUAAUAAAGACGGAUCGUGGCGUCCUCCUGCGCAGCGUGAUGCGCCGUGAUGCUGGCAUCUACCUGUGUCACUCCUCGGAGCAUGGGUUCACGCAGCUCCUACUGCAGCUAAACCUAGAGGUCGUCUCGCCUUCUUCGGUGGAGGAGUCGCUGGGUGCCCACCAUGUGCCGCAGAUGAGGUGGUACCAGGAGUUUAUGCGGCUCGUUCAGCAGCCAGGGUCUAAAGGAGAGCAAAUGUGCGAGGAGCUGUGGGCUCGUAAGGGCCGGACAUCCCAUCCUCCAGGGCCCCAUGGUGCACCACAGCUACCACCAUCUAAGGGCCCCGGAAGGCCACUGCCUCCACAUAGUAUGAAAGCAAAAGCACAAAAAUGGAAGCACUUGGAGGACAAGGUAAAAGUGCGGAGUCGUCGGACGCAUGAACGCGAAAGGGCUGAGCGAGGACCCCGAAGUGCCCCAAGUUAAGUGCCCUUAUCUCCUGGACAUAUGAACCUUUAACUGUACAUGGAGCCGGGCGGGGGGCAUCACUAUGUACGGUCACAGAGGGAACAGUGCGUCCUACGUGAGCCCAGGCCUCGGUCACCCGCCUGGUUACCCUAUUUAUAAGCACUCCAAUCACCCUAGGCUAGGGCACCACACCGCGCAGACGAGGGGCUCUGCCCAUGAAAUGGUCACAGGAUGCAGAAUACAGAGCCCGAGGUUAUACGACCAUGGCCGCUGAUCCCAUGACCUGAGGGACGACAGAAGCCCCAAAUGGAAGCAAAAGAUCUGCACCCGCUAUUGUGGGUGUUGUCAUGCCUCUAAUAACUACUCCCAUCAUUGUGCUCAACGUGCCGCUACCGCCUCUGGUCAUAGGAUAAUGUGACAAACCGAGAAAAAGGGGCUGAAAUAUAAGUGACACGAUCUCCACAGCCGCCAGGCUCGAAACGCAGAGACCUCCGAUUAUAUCCUGUAACUUCACAACGCGGCCAAUUCGUCAGGAAUACCUUUCUCUCGAAGAGGCAGGAAAGCGACCUGAGGAGAGUGAUGAGGCGCACAGUCCGUUCUCAUGGAUGCCGUGUGUUUCCGUAUCAUUAAGGCCGCUUCUAUACAAUGAUGAGAGUUGUCUGCGUUUCUCCCGGCUGGUCAGCAUCUCUUCCUGUAAAAUAUAACUUUUUAUCCGCGGCGUGAGUUCCGCCAUCUUAUGGUAUAUGCUCCAUGGACCCUCCCCCCCCGUACAGACAGAAUAUUAUUUUUUGUUAGUGUAAAUAUCUUUAUAAUAUAAAUUAACCCUUUCUGCUGCUACAGGUCUACGUGGCUGGCCCGGGCUGGUCAUCGGUUCUGGAUGAUACUGUGUGAGGACUGGAAAGAUGAGGUGUUAACACAAUAAAAGCAAUUAUUUA